AUUUUCUAAUUCAGCAUCCGUACACCCUUGCCAUUAUAUGUAUGUACCGUUCUAUACAUCUAACCAGCUUGGAUAUUAGGGUUCUCACAUAUACAUAUUUGUUUCGACUGUUAAUGGAUAAACACCAGCAAUACAAACGUGCGUUUAAUCAUUUUGAUGCAAACGGAGACGGGAAAAUAUCGGCUUCAGAGUUGCAGCGGUGUGUUGAAUCAAUUGGCCGAGGAGGAGAGUUGUCGUUGGCAGACGCAGAGGUGGCUGUGGUUCUGAUGGACACUGAUGGAGAUGGAUUGCUUUGUUUUGAGGAUUUUGUGAAAUUGGUGGAAUUUGGAGUCGGAGAAGAAGAAAAGGCGAAUGAUUUAAAGGAGACGUUCAGGCUGUAUGAAAUGGAGGGAAGUGGGUGCAUUACACCCAAGAGUUUGAAGAGGAUGCUCUGUAGAUUAGGAGAGAUCAGAAGCAUUGAGGAGUGCAGUCUUAUGAUUCAUCAUUUUGAUCUCGAUGGAGAUGGGGAGCUCAAUUUUGAUGAGUUCAAGGUUAUGAUGUCGUGUUAACCUUAAAUUGUUUCAUCUUCGUUUCAGUUUUUGUUUCUGUAUAUGUAUAUGUCUCAAUUUCAUCAUUGAUUGCUGAUUAUUGUAGAAGUAGAAAUUCUUUCUGCCA